UACGUUUGUUUUUGUUUGUUUGUAAAUACAAUUUGAGGUUUUCUAAGUGUAAUGUGCGGAAUAUUUUGUGCAAUAAGUGAAAAUAAUGAGGUAGCAUGUGAAUUGCACAGUGCAUUGGAGCAACUGCUGCAUAAUCGUGGACCCGAUGUUAAUGACAAGUACUUAAUUGAUAACGUGCUGCUUGCCGGCAACGUUUUGUGGCAACAAGGCGCUGCGCCUCAAAAGCAACCCAUAACUAAGGGCGAAUUGUCGCUACUUUUCAAUGGAGAUUUGUACAAUUUGGAGACAGACAAACCGGCAACACAAUCCGACAGCGCUUGGCUAAUGGAAAAGCUUACAAAAUGCAACAGCGACAAUGAGCUGUUAUUGUUGUUGCAACAGCUGCAAGGUCCCUACUGCCUCAUUCUCUACAAUAGACAUGAAAAUACUUUGUACUUUUGCCGCGAUGCUCUGGGCCGAAAUUCGCUAAUCAUCGAGAGGGACGCACAGUGCAUCAGGCUGUUGAGCACCUCAUGCCACUUGAGGCAGACUAGUUCGCUGGAGCUGCCACCUCUCGGCCUCUAUAAGCUGAAGCUUGCCGCAUUUAACAAAUGUGAACUUUAUCCUUGGCAGUGCCUCAAUGAGGGCACAAUGCAACAGCUGCAAAUACUGAACGCCACAAUGCGCUGGGAAACGCAUGUGGCAUGCCCCAUAGCGCCGCAAUGGCUGAGCAGCGGCGUACAAACAACGGAUAUCUACGAUCUUUAUGAUCUAGUGGACAAAACGGAGCCAAAGCUGGAGCAGCUCUAUGAGAGAUUACUGGACAAUCGGCAGCUGAAAAAAACGCUGCAAACCUUUGAUAAAUUGUUGCAACAUUCAGUGGCACAGCGUGUAUUGAAUACAGCGCCCGUUUGCCGCAAUUGUGUGGCAUGUGGCAAGUGUGGACAUGCCAAAAUAUGUGUGCUCUUCUCCGGCGGCAUUGAUUGCACCAUUUUGGCGCUGUUGGCCGACAAAUUUGUGCCACAAACGGAGCCCAUUGAGCUGAUUAAUGUGGCAUUCGAAAGGGUUGCAAGUGCCACAACCGAGUCCAGUUGGAAUGUGCCGGAUCGUCAGACGUCACAGCAAUCCUACGAGGAACUGCAACGUUUGUGCCCGCAACGCAUGUGGCAGCUGCAUGAAGUGAAUGUGACACGCGAUCAAUUGAAACAACAAUUGAGCUCACAUAUCCAUCAAUUGAUCUACCCACUCCAAACGGUGCUCGAUGAAUCUCUCGGUUGUGCCUUCUGGUUUGCCGCCUCCGCUGCUAAGUCGACGGCACGUGUUGCACUCUUGGGCAGCGGCGCCGAUGAACUCUUUGGUGGCUACACGAGACAUCGCAAUGCCUACAGACGAGCUGGCAACGAUCUGAAGACAUUGCACCAUGAACUGGAGAUGGAUUGGCAACGCAUUCCGGCACGGAAUUUGGCACGUGAUGAUCGUGUCAUUGCCGACUGUGGCAAGACGGCGCGUGCCCCAUUCAUUGAGGAGCAUGUCUCCCAAUUUGUGCGCUCGUUGAUGCCACAACAGCGUUGUUGCUACUCGCUGCCCGAGGGUGUCGGUGAUAAGUUGCUGCUCCGUCUCUAUGGCUACAGUCUGGGAUUACGGGAUGCGGUGCUGCUCAAGAAACGCGCCAUUCAGUUCGGUUCCCGCAUUGCCGACAAGAAGCAACAGGCCAACCAAAUAUCCGAGUAUCUCAGAUUCGAGUCCUUGCAAUUAAAUUGAUUAUUUGGGCCAAAAUCAGACAUUCAGAUACUUUUUAAACAAGGUUUCCCCUUUGUUAGACUCCAUUUGAUAGAACAAACUUUAACCUUUUAUAAUCUUUCAAGAAACAUCAUCAAAUUCA